CUGAAGAAGAAGCCAUUGCACAUCCCAAAAUAGGCACUAGACACUGCCUGUCUCCUAGUCUACAUAUGAUGAUUGCUACAGAAAUGUCUUCUUCUUAUUUUAAAGUGGCGGCAGAGAGUUUUCCGGCCAAAGAGGGGGUGGCGGUAAGGAGAUACGAUGAAGAGAGGGACAAGGUGGCGGUGGAGGAGCUCGAGCAGCGCUGCGAGGUUGGCCCGCCGGGGAAGCCGUCGCUGCUCACUGACCUCAUGGGCGACCCCAUUUGCCGAGUCCGCAACUUCCCCUCCCAUGUUAUGCUGGUGGCGGAGUACGGCGAAGGGAAAGCGAUUGUGGGAGUGAUUAGGGGCUGUAUAAAGACUGUGACCAACGGUAGAAUGGCUUCAGGGGACCACGACCUUCCCUCCUAUGUGAGGUUGGCUUAUAUUCUUGGACUCAGGGUUUCGCCUGCCCACAGAAAACUGGGCAUCGCCACAAAGCUGGUGGAGAGUUUGGAAGAGUGGUGCAAGCAAAAUGGGGCGGAAUACGCGUACAUGGCCACAGAAUGCAGCAACGAAGCUUCGCUGAACUUGUUUACAGUGAAGUGCAAAUACAUCAAGUUUCGUAGAGCCGAGGUGAUGGUACAACCAGUUCAUGCACACUACAAGCCACUUGGGUCGGGCAUCAAAAUCCUUAAAGUCCCCCAACAACUUGCCCUUUCUAUUUAUAGCCAAAUCUUUGCCAAAUCCGAGUUCUUCCCCGAGGACAUGGACCGGAUUCUGACCAACAAGCUCAAUCUGGGCACCUUCUUGGCCGUACCCAGCAAAAGCCCCGGGAUUUCGAGUCAUUUACCGUCGGGGCCAUUCGCUAUCCUGAGCGUGUGGAACACGAAGCAGGUGUUCAGGUUGCAGGUGAAGGGCGUGUCGAGGUUAACGUCCGCGUGGUGCGCAGGGAGCCGGGCCGCCGACGCCCUGCUGCCGUGGCUGGGCAUUCCGUCGGUGCCGGAUCUCUUCACCCGGCAGUUCGGCGUUUACUUCCUGUACGGCCUUCACAUGGAGGGCUACGGUGCUUCGCGCCUCAUGAAGUCUCUAUGCGCCUUCGCGCAUAAUAUGGCCAAAGAUGAUGAUGGAUGCGCCGCCAUCGUGGCCGAGGUGGGCCCGAGGGACCCCGUCCGCCUGGCCGUCCCCCAUUGGCCCAAGUUCUCCUGGUCGGAUGAUGUCUGGUGCAUCAAGAAGUUGAUAGAGAAAGGCGAUCACGGUUGUGGGCCGUUGGAUUGGAUCAAGUCUCAGGCCUCAUCCGAUGUGAUUUUUGUUGACCCGCGCGAUUUUUGACAUGUGGCGGUUAUGUAUGGUUCAUUAAGUGUUCAUUCAUGGCACCAUUUUAAUGAAAAAUAGUACGGUAAUGUUGUUUGUAUAAAA